CCCGUCCAUCCACCCACGUGUCCCGUUUAUACCACCCUCUCGGGACGCCCCCCUCCCCCCUCAGCCCCCCCUAAUUUAUUUCAUACCUAAAACGGGCGGUGCAUCCGAAAAUAAAGUGGAUUUGAAACGAAACGACAAAUAUCGAAGAUCCAAAAAGUAAAAACUUGAAGAGUUCUGCCAAAGGGUUUGUCACGUUUUCUACGGGGGGCCAAAAGAAGUGCGUGGUAUUUUAUUUUUCAUCAAAAACAGAACGACGCGAGUAAUACGCAUAAUCGACUAAAAUCUCCAUAAACCCGACUAAUCAAUGAAAAUUAAAAGCUGUAGAAGAAUAGACGAAAACAGAGAGGCGCGUAACAUCGACGAUACCUCUGGUGGAUGAAGAUGAUGUUUUGGGGCGACGCGAUCUCAUCCUGAGGGAUAAAUGAGGAUUGCGAAAUUUUUGACGUACGUUUCCAGCGACUCUGAAUAGCGACAGUUGUAAUCAGAUUAUUUCCUAUCGAUUGAAAUUUCUUCGAAGACAAAAUGAACGAGUAACUGAAUAAUCAAACUUGGAAAUACCACAAAUUUAUAAACGAUCUAUCUACUGAAAAAGUUUUGAUAAAAUUUUAUCAUUUUAUUAUGGUAAAGUUUAAAAUGAAAUUUCAUCCCCAUACACUGGUUGUCGACAUCAACUGCGAUGUAUUAAAUCAAUUGAAUCAUCUGAUGUUCAAAUUAAUUAUAUUUCAAUUAAGAUUAUUAAAAUUAAUGGAAAAAACUUGGUCAUCGUACCGCCCCUGCAACUUGUUCACGAUCGCCGUCGCCGUUGCUGCAACUGCGGUCGUCGUCGUCGUCGAUAAAAUAAUUACCCCCAAUCAUAACCGACGAUAUCUUCAAGCUUGUGAUUCUUUGUAUAAAAAACCUUAAUUCUUUUCGUUUUCUUUUAUACAUCACGACUAUACGUCGACGAUCUAUUGUCGUUUUUUACGAGGAAAAAACACGGAAAAAUAUAUAUAUACACAUAGAAAAACGAAUAUUACAUGAAUUAGCUGGUAAUGGUAAUGGAACGAAGACACACCUAACGCGAUUCGAAGGAAAAGACAAAAUGCAGAAACAGGAAGGAAACUUGACUGCCGAGGACUGGCUUAAGAUGUCGGGAACGGAGUCCCACGGCGGCGACACUAGUCCGACAUAUCAACCAAGACAAAGCAGAACGCACAGCGUAGGUCUUCCGACGCGUACGUCUUUACUUCCGGAACCGCCACCUACCGCUACCGGGAACGAUGCUCAGAUACCACCGCCGAUUCCACGACGUCAUUCCGCGGCCCCAACGGUUGCACCACCACCGAUUCCGCUCCGAGCUCCGGCGAUACCGAAGAGAUGCAAAAACGAACGACCGAUACCGUUGCAACAGAGUGGACCGAAGAGAUCGACGCGUAUAUCCGACGAUAAAAAUACAGGCGUUGGAAAAGCUGAAUCAAGUUGCCCGAAGCCAGGGUCUAGGGGACAGCCCGGACAAAGAAAUUUGACAUCCGCAUCUGCCUCGGGAAGCCCUUGGCAGCAACCUCCGUUAUCCGAGGAUAGAAAACUGAUCGAUUUGGGUGGUCGGAACGUUUCCAAAGAUGUCAGCGACGACUCGGAUAAGGAUAAACAGCGAUCGGCAGGGAAGCCGAGCAAUCUCGAAGAGCUCCAAAAAGCCUCCAAGGACCUCGAAAAGCGUUUGUUGGAACGUACCAGCGAUCUUCAAGGUGUUAAGCAGCUACAGUCUUCGUCGAAUGCUGAAAGAUCAAAGUUUGACGACCUGCGAAACGCUUCGCGCGACUUCGAACGAAGGUUACAAGAAAAAUCUGACCUUGUUAACGAAACCUCGAAGUUCGAUGAUAUUCCGAACAUUUCACCGCGUUCCGAGAUCGACAAAAGAUUUAUACAAGAUAAAAUAACGGCCACCGAACAACAUCAGAGGACAAGAUACGACGCGGACAUGCAAAAGGCUAGAAACAUGCUCCAAAACAGUAUGAUAAAAAAGGAUAAAUCCGUCGGUGAGAAGCUUGAAAAAUUGCCGAAGGCAACGCAAACCACCAACAUACCACCCCCGCUGAGCGCCAUAUCGCAGAAUAACGUACCGAAACCAAUCAGCGUGCGACAAGACAGUAACGUAUCGUCGGACAGUUUCAGUCAAACGAGCUCACCGAGUUACACCAGUAAAACAAUGGAAGCACCUCUCCUUCCGCAUAAACAUGCCAACGGGAAAGUGCCAGGAAGAGCCUUGGCACCGGAGCCCGAGAAUCCGCCCGGAAGUCCCAUCACAAAAUCAAUGAGCACGCCGGCGAGUCUUCAGACUAUAGUAAGAUUUCACAGCGGGAGUAACAUGUCCUUGCAUCACCGAAUAAUCAGAGACAUGAGAAGACCCAGCAGUCAUUACGUUACGAGAGGAAGACUCCGUUUCAGAUUCGCUCAAGUUUUAGUAAACGCCGUAGCACUUUUUGCCAUAGCCGGAGGACUCGCUGCUUACUUCAAGUCUUAUCCAGCUUACACGGUUCAGAGGUUCGAGAACAAGACUAUUUAUUCAACCGGUGUGGUCGCCAUUCCGAGUCCGUCGAGAAUCGAGAUUCCCCAAAAAAAUCCAGCUCCGGGUAUUUGUCUACCGGUAAUCGUGAAGUUUUGCCAAUACCACAAGAUACCUUAUAACUUUACGCUAUUUCCAAACUACAUGGGAAAUUUCGGUCAAAGAGACGCUCAACACGAACUCGAGCUUUACGACGCCGUCGUAGAUGUUCGUUGUUACGAACUCGCGGCAUUAUUUUUAUGCAGCGUAUUUGUACCGAAAUGUGGGGCGCGAGGUCAAGUCGUGAGACCUUGCCGGAGUCUCUGUUAUCAAACGAAGAGACGCUGUGGAUUCUUUUUGGAAGUCUUCGGACUGACCUUACCGGAUUAUCUGGAGUGCGACCUUUUUCCGGAGAAUGCUGACCCCGACGUUUGCGUCGGUCAUCGAGAGGUCAUCGAGGCGGCGAAACGAGCCGAGAAACCAGUUUGCACGAGCGGUUUUCAGUGCGACGGUACGCGUUGUAUUCCGGUCGAUUGGCGUUGCGACGGUCACGUUGACUGUGCUGAUCAAACCGACGAAAUUGGUUGCGGAGAAUGCGGUGGACCUACGGUACCACCAUCCGGUGGUGCGUUAGCCGAUAACGAUGACUCCAUCUCAUCGGACAGAGUGUUACAUUGCGGCGAACGACGGUGCAUGUCCAGUCUCCAUAUAUGCGACGGGGUAAUCGACUGCCCCUGGGGACAGGACGAAAGGAAUUGCCUAAGGCUGAGCGAAAGAAACGGAGACAUUGGUAGGGGUCGUUUGGAGAUAUAUCACGCGGAAAACGGUGACUUUUCGCCAGCGUGUGUGAGGAAUUGGGACGCUACGACGUCGCCGCAUCAGAUAUGCUCUUUCCUCGGUUACACGGUCGCCAAUUCAUCGGUACUGUCGAGGAACGGUACAAACUUUCCGAUGCCACCGCAAAAAAUCGAGACAUCGGUCAGGUGGCGACUUGCGCAAAAAACCAACACCAACAUAUUGAAAGAACUUCGAAGAUGUAGCAAAUACGAAUCUUAUCCAACCGUUGAACUCGCUUGUUCGGAGUAUGGCUGUGGACGUCGUAGACACGUCUACGGUAAUUCCAAAGUACAAACUCGUAUUGUUGGCGGAGUGGAAGCGGCGCCCGGUGAUUGGCCAUUUUUAGCAGCCCUUUUAGGCGGACCUGAGCAAGUUUUUUACUGCGCUGGUGUCCUCAUAGCCGAUCAAUGGGUUUUGACAGCGUCGCAUUGCGUGGGAAACUUCAGUCACUCCGAAGUAUCGGGCUGGACAAUCCAAUUAGGAAUAACGAGACGACACGCUCACACUUAUCUCGGUCAAAAAGUCAAAGUGAAAAGGGUAGUUCCUCAUCCAAACUACAACCUCGGAGUCGCCCACGACAACGACGUCGCCCUGUUCCAGCUCGAGGACCGAGUUCAAUUCCACGAUCAUCUCAGGCCGGUUUGUCUACCAACCGUGAACACGGAGCUGAUGCCGGGUAAAAUUUGCACAGUCAUUGGUUGGGGGAAAAAAGAAGACACGGAUGUUUCAGAAUACGAACCAGCGGUAAACGAAGUAAACGUUCCGGUUUUAAACAGAGAUAUUUGCAAUCAGUGGCUUCAACACAAAGAAUUGAACGUAACCGAAGGUAUGAUAUGCGCAGGUUACCCAGAAGGAGGUAAAGACGCUUGUCAGGGUGAUUCAGGUGGUCCACUUCUGUGUCGAGAUGACAGAGACAAGGAGCGUUGGUUUGUCGGCGGUAUAGUCAGUUGGGGUAUAAAAUGCGCUCACCCAAAAUUACCUGGCGUAUAUGCUUACGUACCGAAAUACGUACCCUGGAUUCACAAACAAAUAGCAAAGUAUUCGGAAAAAGACAAGGGUUAAAUCGAAUAUCCUUCAACGUGAGAAAGGAGACGACAAAAAUUAUGAAUUAUUUUGAAACAAUCCUAAUUACAUAUGAAUGGGAAAGUUACGAAUGAUCGUUACUCUCGAUAAGCAUAUGGAAGGGAAGAGACGGGGGAAAAAACUAAUGAGUAAAGAACGAGAAAGAGGAAGGAUAGAAUACUAAAAUGAGAAAAAAAAAAAAAAUUCUACCGAUAAUACAUACAUAUAUGCCUAUAUACAUUUGUGCAUUAGCUUUUCUACGCCAAAAAAAAAUGAAAAAAAAAUAUAUAUACAUAUAUAUAGUAUACAUCUAGUUAAGUAACUGAAUUGAAGAAAAGAAUAUUUAAAUAGAAAACUAAAAUUUGAUGAUAAGCAAAAAAUUAUAAGCUAAAAUCGCGAAAAACAAGCGAAUGGAAAUUCGUGCGUUUGCUGCAUAAAAGUGCCCGGAAUAUUCAAUGGGUAAGAAGCAAACAAAUAGAACUUGCACCGAAGGAGAGACGCGUAAAAAGGAUAGAACAUUAUCGCGUGUACCCUGCAUCAGACAAUAAAAGAAAAAGAAUUUUUAUAAAUGUUAUAAUAUAUAGUAUAGUACUCAUAGAAGAUUGAAACGAUAUUUAACCGUAGAUGAAGAACGAUGACAAUAUGAAGAUGAUAACUAAAGCAAGAAGAAAAAAAUUACUCGAUCAACUGAAAUAAAUGAAAACAUAAUAAGCUAUGAAUAACAAUACUAGAAAUAAACAGAAAAUAUAAGUAAGCCACAAAGAAAAAAAAAAACCGAUAAUAUACCUAAAUAAUUAUAUACAUAUUAUAUGUAUACAUCUAUAUAAUGUUGGAAAAUAUAUACCAUAUAUUAUAUAUAAUAUAAAUAAGAGAGAAAAAGAAAAAACCGAUCGUUAACACGUUCAAUUGAUAUACAUGUAAGUAAAAGUAAAAUACAAAAAAGAGGAAAAACACUAUAUAUACUGAAGUAAAUGAAUGUAUAUGUAUGUAUGUAUAUAUAUAUAUACAUUCACACAUAUAUAUACGUAUAUACUAUAUAGCAAAGUUCAGAUACAUAUAACAAUUAUAAUAUUACAGCUAUGGCAUUAUUUUCUAAAGAAGUGAAUUUUAGAAAUAUACGAUAUAUAUGAGUAUUAUUACUGACAUGAUAACGAUAUAUUACUAUACGAAAACUAUUUAGGAAAAAAAUUAUAAAAACUCGUAAAUUUCAUAAGAAAACCAGAUGAAUAAGAAAAUCCAAAAUUAAGAAAAAAAAAAAUAACAAAAUCGAAUUAAUAAUUGAACAAAGAAUUCUCGCAUAUGAUGCGACAAAAAAAUACAUUGAUGAAUAAAAAUAUUUUUCAUGUGUUAAUUAGGAAGUACGAUGUAGAUGUAUACACACGUACAUAGAUACUUAUCAUACAAAUGAAUAGGUAUAUAUAUCUAGAUAAUUAUAUGUAUAUAAAAGAAUCGUACCGUAUUAACAUUGUGAAGAAGCCACCAAGUGGUCGUAGGAACUUAUUCACGCUGACGGCGAUGAGAG